UUUUGUUUUGUAAUGUGUAGUUGUGGACGUAGUUUUCUGCUGUUUUCUACUGUACUGUUUAGUUUGUAGAUAAAGUUGUAAAACUGUUCAAGCCAGUGUAAAAUAAAACUACAAAAUGGCCCGAACGAAGGCGUCGGUGGGUUCAAAAGUAUCGUCUGGGAAGAGUAGCAAGGCCAGAUGUGUUGCGGCGCCUACUCCAAGCAGUUCUGGUGCUUCAGGCAGUGUAGACCGCGCCAACCGCGGCGGCGGCGGCGGCAAUCCCGUGUGCCCGCGCGAGACCCCCAAGUGGCAGAAACCCAUCACCACAUUCUUCAUCAGCAAGGACGAACCCAAACACGUUGAUGUAGAGGAACAAGAUGACCAGGACAAGGCUGCAGGCAGCUCAAAACCAAGAAAAACAAACGUCAUAGAAUCAGACGAAGAAGAAGAAGUAUUAACCGAACGACCAAAGAACACCGUUCUUGAUGACACCAUAGAACUGGAGCCACUAACCGGAGAAGAUAGCCAUAAAAUAGAAGAAUAUUAUCCAAAGGGAAAUAAAGGUAAAGGGGUUGGAAAGAAAACGAAAGGGAAAGAGAACAAAAGAGACAGCAAGAGACUGAGAGAGGAAGAUGACGGAGAGCACAGCAGUAAGAGAGUUAAAGUAAAUUAGUAAAAAAGUUGGUUUUGAUAAUUGACUGGUGUACAAAUGAUGAUACAAGUUUGGUUCAGGGUGAAUAGAGGUAUUUUUGUGGUGGAUAGACAAAUAAAAAAAAGGAAGAAGAUUUGUAGUAUAAAGUAUAGAAUCAUUUAUUCUGUACAUACAUAUUUAUAAUAUAUCCGGGGACAACUCACACACGGUUAUCUGAUCCCAAACUAAGCAGACCUUGUGGUUACCAUAACCAGACUAUAAACUUACUUAUAUAUUUCUAAAUACACACAUAUUAUAGAUAUAUUACACCCAGACACCAGAACAAAUGAUCAUG